GCGACACGAGCUUUGCCUCCUCCUCGUCGAUUUCAAGGACGAUGUAUUCUGUGCGUCGUUCGUCAUUAGAACCUUAAGUUUUUCUCAUUCUCGUGAAACCUAAUUAGACUUGGGUAAAUUACAAGUUAAGUGCUUGUAAACAAGAGCAUUGUGCUUGUCAAGAUCGCAGGAUGCGAGUUCGCCGAUGUUAAGGUGAGUGAAACUGACAUUUGAGUUGUACGUUGUACUUUGACUUUUUCUCGAAAUUGGUUCGCGUGUAUCUACCGUUGAGGCUUCUACUUUUCCGUAAAGGUCUGGUUCUACGUGCAUCGUGUCUUUUCGCAAAUAAAAAUCAUAGUUAUUUUUGUAAUUGCUCUUGUAUUGCACAUAGUUGAUCCGAAAUUCUUGUCCAAGUGCAUGGUGUGUCUGAAAACCACUUGUAGCUAGCCUUGGUAUCGAAAAAAACAAAAUUUAAGCGAGGAAAAUGACGUUAUUCCUCUCUGUUCUCUUAUGAUCGUGACUGCCUUCCUUUGAAAAGAUCUUUCUAUUGUAAAGAAGGGAUUAGCGACCUAAUCAGGCGACACGUACACCCUCGUGUACGUAUGUAUUUGGAAGUUGCCGCUUGAGUCGACCUCUCAGUUCCUCCGACGCUUUUUUAGAUGACGCGUUUCUAGUAUUAAAGAUUACCGUACUUUUGGCAAAAUUUCUGCACAUGCGAACAUAAUGCAUUUGUAUGCAGUACUUUCAUUCUUUUCCUGGUGAAUUAUCAGCGAUUUAGCAAAGAGAAUGUUGUUGUAAUAAUAAUAAUAAUAAUAAUUCUAGCUUGAACAGUUAACAUUUUAUUGGUUUUAUCCAUUACAGCGUGCAACAUUACUGAGUAGCACCAUGGUGAUGAAGAAGAUUUGUUCUAGGAAUAAUGCACUGAGCUGGAUUCCUGUGUGACAGCAAAAACAAUGGUAGAGUACAAGAUACCAAGUGACUUGACCUCGCCCCUUAUGGCAAAUGUAGUCCAUUGGAAAGAUUCUGUGUUCUAUGCCAGUGGUGAUGAAUCAAUCUUUCCUGCCAGUACAGCAUACAGUGAAUGUGACUCAUCAUCUGAUAUGACAUCGGUACUCCUUACUGCACGAUCUACCAACUCGACAAAUCUUUUAGAAGGAAACGCAGCUGACAUCUCAGUUAAUGACACUUCUGCGAGGCAAACUGACCUUGAGGAAGAUCUGUCUACAAACAGUCCCUUGAUUCCAGGAAAUUGCAGUAAGAGGGUGAGCCCUCAGCUGACAAAUUUCUUCUCUGAGCAGAGUAGCAGUGCGUUUAUGCCAAUACCUGCCGAGAGUGCUAACAGUGUCAAUUCACCAAGAUCAACCCCAAGCCCUGGAAUUAGUAAGAUGCUUCGUAGCUUAUCUGAUCAUCCAUCUGAACGACCCUGCACUCCAAAUGCAUCAACCUUGUAUAAAAACACUCUCACACACUGUAAUCCUUCAGAGCUGGGACAGCUAACAUAUGAUGAAUGUAUGGUAAGUGAAUGGAAUCGUGAAAAGAAAAAAGGGCUUUUUCUAGAAAGGGUUAAUAGCCCCUUGUUGAGAGAAGGGGUGGGAAUUGGGAGAAAAAAAGGAGAGAAUUGAGAGAAAGAGCCGGGAGUGGAAACUGGAGGAAUGGGGAAAGGAUCUGAGAAAUGGACUGUUGGGUGGAGAGAAUAGGAUGCCAGGAAUUGGGUGAAAGAGGGUGGGAACAUAGGUAAAAGUUUAAGGAAAUAAACGAAGUGGCCCGUGAAGUAAAGGGGUAAGGGGUCUGAGAAGAAAUAGUGUAAGUAGUAAGAAGUGAGAAGGAGGUUGGAUCAUUAAUUUGCCAUUUUGUUUUCGAAGCAUAUACAAUUCUCAAACUUGUGAACAUUGAAGGGGCGGGGGGGCUUUAACUGUUAUGUGUAAAACGUUUUGUGAAGGAUUUCUUCUGUAAUUCCCAUCAAAGUAGAGAGAGGUCAUAUAGCUGUCAGAUACUUGUAUUUAUUAAACCCAGUCUAUAGUCUGGCCCCAAAAGGUGGAUAACGCUAUCCAUAGAGAUAUUGGCUUAUUGGUUUCUCUAAUACUUAUCCACUGGAUAUUGAUUUAUCCUGUGGAUCGCACUAUCCAUUUUGAACUACCGGGGCACUUUUGCUGAAAUAUAAGCCUGUUUGCCCUUUUUUGUGAAGCUCACUUUUUGCAAAAUUGUUUCUUCAACAAUGCACAGUUCUUCACCCAAUGGGCCAACUCCUUUCUUCAGCACAGUCAAGAUAAGUUCUUAAUCACAGACAUAGCAAGAGACUUGGGAGAUGGAAUCACCCUACUAAGUUUGGUGGAAAUGUGAGGUGAGUAAAUCUCAGUUGCAGUAGAGUAAAGAAGUGUGUCAUGACAUCACAAGAACAAAAUUUGUGAAAUUGUUAGAUUGGUUGGCAUAUCUAGAAAGAACAAGAUGAAAAAUCCCCCACCCACCCCUGCUAAAAAUCUGCCUGUUAGUGUAGAUUUGUGGGAAAAAUGCUGUUAUGCAUCAAUGACUUCAUACAAAUCCUUCUUAACAUUUAUGAAGGGGUGGAUGGGUGGACCCAUGCCCCCCUCCCUCAAAAUCCACCCAUGAUGAGCUUCACUGUGAUCAAUAUUGUGCCUCUCCAUCCCUGGGUUCAUUUUUACUUGUAACACUCUGUAAGGUUUUGUCGACCCUGCACAAUCUUUACAUUACCAGCCACAAGGUCAUCUGAGGUGUGCAGAGCUCAAAGGUUACUGCUUUUCUUAUUUUUGUUUUCAUUUUGUUCUGUUUUUUUUGUUUGUUUGUUUGUUUUUUUUAAAUUUUGCAACACAGUUGGAGAGUAUCCUCCUCAGAUCCACAUCAAACCAGCCCUGGAUGUUCAGAAAAUGGAGAAUGUACAGACCUGCCUUAAUUUUUUAGAGUAUUGCAAUAUGUCAGUUAAUGACAUUACUGCAGAAGGUAAGAAAAUUUGAGCUUUCUUAUCUUCCAAAACACUCUCUGUAUUUGUAGCUUUUAUUUCAGUGGUUUGUGAGUUUAAGAGCUUACCUUUGCAAAUUAGAAGCUAUGCCACCAUUUGAGAGAAAGUGAGUUUUAAAAAAAUGAUCUUCUUCAUGGUCCAAAGUGUGCUAGGGAGAGAAAUGAUGGUUGAUGAUCAUUGAAUUUCCAUCUGCAAUUCCUGCCAAGUAUUUAGUUACCUUUUGUAAUACCUAUACCAUAUCAAGGCAUCUCUUUUGAACAGACCCAUUUGGUUUUUCCUACUUUGCGGAGCAAAUCAUCCCAGAUAAAGUCACUUGACACUUAUAUAAUAUUUCUGAUUCAAGUGUUUGUUUUUCAGACAUUGUCAAAGGAAAUCUUAAGGUUGUUUUAGCCUUAUGUCACUGUCUCUAUAGACAUUUUGGGUCUAGUCAAGGUAAUGGCAGUCCUGGCAAUAUGCUUUAAUUCUGAAAUGUUCAGUGUUUUCCGUGCCCCUUUUAUACAUUUUCAAAACUGUAUCUAUUUUCAUAGUGGCAGAAAAUCAUCAAGUUCACCAUGUUAGAGAGGAAGGUCAUUUGGCGGCACUGUUUGGCUGGGUGUCAAGGAUGACUGGCAAACAAGUCACAGAUUUUCAAAGGUAAAGUACAAAUAAAGCAUGGUAAUACUUCCGAUUUAUACUUACUUCAAUCAUGGAUAAAAGUCAUGGGACAAAUUUGCACUUUUGGGGCAUUUUUUAAGUCACACAUGCCAGACCCUUCCCCCACCCCACAAGCAACAAUGAACACUGGUAUUCAGAAUUUAUUCCAAGUUUCAACAUUGUAUAAUGUGGGGAGAGGGAGAACUGUAAGAUAUUAUCCAAAAGGAACCACUGUUUUGUGAGGACACCUAGAAAUAACAUGUAUAUUAUAGCCUGUGUGGCAGGCACUCAAAAGGGAAGGGGAAGGGAAUUGAGGCCGCAAGACCGUGCGCGAGGGAGGAGGGAGGAGCGCACCCAAAUUCCCCCUUCCCCUUCCUUUUAACGCCCGCCACGUAGGCUAAUAUAAUUAUGAAUGUUGUAUUACUGUUCCAAGGACUUUUUGUUCAGGAUUGUAGUUACAUUUAUCAAUAUUCAUCAUAAAACUUCUACUUUUUCUGAAAGCCUUUUAAUAUUUCCCAAAGGAUACCAAGGCAUUAAAAAUUACUUUACUGAUUGACCAAUUUGCAUAUUGUCACUAACUGGAAAUUAAUUUCAGUAAUAAGAUUUCUCUCAAUAACGUGAAGAAACCACAGUUUCAUAACAAGCAAAACUCGUUAGUUUUAAUUAAUUUUAUGCAGUCUGUUUGUUGUCUCCGGUUUUUUUUUUUUUUUUUUUUAAUUUUAAAUUUUUUUUGUUGUCAGUUUCCAAGAUGGAACAGUGCUAUGUUUGUUAAUAAACGCUCUUUUCGAGGAUGCAGUUCCCAACUUGGUAAGUGAGAUUAAAAAAAAUCUAAAAUUGAUGGUUUUGCGAAGGGAUUGUUAAUGGACCAAAAAGCUUACAGUUGGUGCUAAGCGCUAAGCCUUAAUUGCGCGGAGGAAAGUGCACCGACUGCUAAGCAAGAGAAAUUACACAAUAAAUACUAAAAUCUGCGGAGAAAUAAGCAGUGGCUGCUAAACGCCUAAAAACAUCCUCAAAGGAUGCUAAUCGCUGGGGAAAUGUGCAAUGGCUGCUAAACGCUAUAACACAAAACGGAUACUAAAUGCUGGGGAAAUUCGUAGUGGCUGCCAGAUGGUAAAACUACGCAAGGGAUACUUAACACUGGAUCAAUGCGCAAUGGCUGCUAAAGGCUAAACGCAAUGGAUGCUGUGCGCUGGGAAAAUGCGCAGUGGCUGCUAAACGCGUCAAAAACGCAACAGCAGCUAAGUGCUGGGGAAAUGCGUUAAGCGCAGUAGCUGCUAAACGCCAAAAAUACACAACGCUGGGGAAAUGCGCAGUGGGUGCUUAUCUCGAUAAAAACGCAACAAAAGCUUAGAGCUGGGGAAAUGCGUUAAGCGCAGUAGCUGCUAAACGCCUUAAAUACGCAACGCAUGAUAAGUGCUGCGGAAAUACGCAGUGGCUGCUUAACACCAAAAAUACGUAACGGAUGUUAAGUGGUGGGGAAAUGCGCAGUGGGUGCCAAACGCGAUAUAAACGCAACGGGAGCUUAUUGCUGAGGAAAUACGCAGUGGCUGUAUGAACGCCAAUAAUACGCAACGCAUGCUAAUCGCUGGGGAAAUGCGCUGUGGGUACCGUUGCUUAACGCUUUAAAUAAACAACGGAUGCUAAGCGCUGGGGAAAUGUGCGUUGGGUGGAUAACGCCAAAAAUACGGAUGUUAAGCGCUGCGGAAAUACACGAAGAUACGCAACAAAUUCUUAGCGCGAGAAAAUGCGCAACGGAAGCUAAACGCGGGAAAAGGGCUCGUUCAAGUAAGGAAAUCAUGUCUUGAAUUUGUUCUCACAGAUAUCUUUGUGCGCCUUGUAACAUUGAUUUCAGGUCUUGCAAUUUGGUUCACCUUUCGAAAAAGUCAGUCUUGUACUGCAAGUGUCAUCCGAAAAACUGGGCAUAGUUUCAAACGUAAGAACAGAAGAUAUAACACAGCGGAGGAAUAGAGAACAAUUUCAUGACUAUCUAGAAUCACUGUACCUAUUACACUCCAAUAGGACGAAAGGAGUGCUUAAUACGUCAGACCAGACCAACUUAAAACGGGAGAUUAAGAGGUUACAACUUAGAGAACAAAGGCUUAAAGAGCGGCAAGGCUCUGAGUUGACUUAUCUUGGAGAACAGAGUCAAAAUAAAUCCAGUUUUGCAACGGAGAAGCGAGAAUGGUCUCAAGAAAUCCCUACAGUGGAUAUAAACAGAACAAAACAACUAGAUGAAUUAGGCGUAGUCUCGCCAACAGGGAGUACUCCAACCACAAUGUGGCACAACCAAAGUUUGACGGUUAAUACAAAACGAGAACUUGAUGAAUUGGAAGAAGAGCUACGGCUUCUAAAACUUGAAUGUAGUGAUAAUAGUUACGACACCAAAAGAUAUUGGACAGAGCAGCCGGGGCAGUUUUCCUUCAACGCUACUUUUUCGCUUGGCUUACCAACAUCAAAUUUGCCGCGUCAACUGAGGCAAACAAAUGUUAGGCAAGAGCUUAAAAAUUUGCAUCGCGGAAAUCAAGUAGUCGCGCAAUUGGAUAAAAGGGCUCAGAAAACUAUUGGAGAUACACACAGCAAUGUGGAUACUUCUUCAAUGUGUGAUGUACUGAGCAGUGACCGUGAAAACGGAAAACUGCCGUUUGGGGGAUGUUAUCUCAGUGAGCCCUCAAAUGGAUUAGAAAAUUCGGAACGACGAAAUUUAGAUCUUUCAUUUGACGAAAGUUCAGUUUUCACCGACUAUCCUAUCUGCCCUUCCUUUCUUCUGCAAAGAUCGUCUCCACCUUUGUUUAAUUCAAAGAAAGUAAAGCGCAAUGGUCGUGCUCUAGUUCCUGAGCCAUCUUUGGAAACAAAAGAAAUUAGUAACCUGUUUGAUCUCGACUUCUCUGAUUUCGAUGCUAGAAUAAGUCGCGGUGGCGAAGAUUCAGCUAUAAAGCGAAUGGUAAGAGCUGGGAAUCGAUCCAAACUUAACAGCAAUUCAAAUUAUGGGUUAGAUGCUGGUCUUUCUUCAGGUUCGGCUGUAGUAAAACCAAAGGACAAAGUAGCAAAGUCUGCAAUGGAAAUUCCUCUUACUUUAGAUAAAAGAGAACGCUUUGAUGCGUCUGGCAGAAAAUUAAGACGUGGUUUAGAUGGGAAACUCUCUGACAUUUCAACUGGAGAUGACAACAUGCCAAAGCAACCUCAUUUUGUAAGUUCUAUCUCCCAACGAGACCAAAGAGAAAGUUUGUGUUUGCGUGGAGUCCAAUCAGAGCGUGCGUUUGCUAGUACUAAACUGUCUUCUACCAUUGGUGAAACGAACGAAAAUCAUCAAGUAACCCGCGGUUUGUCAAGUUCCUUCGCGGGAAACGACAAAGAGGAUUUAAUCGCUACGUCGUUAAGGCCUUUACCGUCAGGAAGGUCGACUACGUAUAAGAAUGAGGAAAGAUCUCUUUCAAAAGAAACACCUUUCGGGAAGAUUUCAAAACAGUCAAGUGAACCAGUUAAACAGCUUGAAGAGAGCGUUUCGGAGGAAAAGCGGCGACACAGGCAGCAAGUUCUGGCCACGAAAACCUCAAGAAAAAAUCAACCGUCUUCGACGAAGACGCAUUUACACGCUUUGACGGCUCUAAUAAGAUCUAGCUCUAGAAACGCUGGUGCAGCGUGCAGUGAGGAAGAUUAGCAAGGAUAUUUUGUUGAAAACCUGUAUUAACCUCUGGUCUUACGCGAGUUUGUAGUUUCGCUAGUUGUUAUAUUGAAAAGCGAUUCUCGUGGACACUCGGAUUCUGUCGUCGGUGCUCUUUCGGCUUCUCUCGUGUGCUGUCAGAAACCCGAGAGGCUGUCGACCACUGACCUACGUGCUCGGCGACUCUGAAACGUUUUUAAAGUUUUUAGAAAGUUGAGACAUUAAAUAUCAAGUAUUCAUGUACAGAUUUCAGUUCACAUAUUUGAAAGAGUCUUAUUAUAAUAGCAUUAUAUUGAUAGACUACAAGUAUUCAGAAUCAUUCCUUAUGCUUUCUCCCUUUAGAAAAGUCAUAUUGAUAUUUUUUGAUAUGUUUUCUAGCGUAACAGUUUAGUUCUUAAUUAGACUUUUAUAUCUCAAUCAAUCAACCAAUCAGUCAAUCAAUUAUUAUUAUUAUUAUUAUUAUUAUUAUUAUUAUAGCUAACGGAGAAAUGUGUAUUCAGUCGUAAAGGCAAAUUUUUGGCCGCUAAAGUUGCAACAAACUCGUCCCCAGAGCUUUUCCAAGAGAAAAAACUUGGGUUCUGAGGACGAGGUUAAAGUUUGCGACCACUCCAGAAAUACCAUAACAUACCACAAUGCUCUUUGUUUGUCACUGCAAAAUUUUGCAUGAGCACUGUCUUCAGUUUCUCUUGGGAGUUAAAAUGGCCCGCAUAGAAACUGGAAACAAUGCUUAUGCAAAAUUUGGGGUGGCAAACAAAGAGCAUUAUGGUAUGUUAUGGUAUUUUCUGGAGUGUUCAAUAAAAGUGAGGCUGGAGGUGACCUUGUUUUGAUUGAAACCCCUACUGCUUCUGAAAUGUAAAUCAUGCUCUUCUUAUUAUCAUUAUUAUUAUAUUAUUUUGUUUUCAUGUUCUUAGGCAUAUUAAUGAGGUUUCUAUCAAAAGAAGAUCACUGCCUGCCUCGCUCCCACUCGAAGGCUAGGUUCCUCAGUACACCGUACUCAAAUGUUUUUCACCAGACGUCACCAGUCCUUGUUCGUACGCGGCGAGUGUGGAAUCUUGGGAAUGUUUAUUCUCUGUUUUUCCCCGAACCUUUCGAAUAUAGAAUGUUUUCACAUGACGUCAGGGCGGCCAUACUGGUGUCCCAAAACAAUGAAACGGCCGCCAUUUUGGUGUCCCAAACCAAUACUCUGGGAGUUGAACUCUUUUCUUAGGCAAACGCUUUUUUUUGUUCCAAUAAAUUUGCAUAGACGCUGGCCACGUGAGUGAAAACACUCUAUAGCGCCUGUUGUUUCGCCGGGUUGCACUCCCCGCUCGCUCACUCGCUUGCUUGAGGGUGUAAAUCAUACCAAGCAACUGAAGGUGAUCUUGCUAAAACGUUUUGCAAAACAUGUUAGUCACUUGACUCAAAUGUCAAUUUUAACAACCAAAAUGCCGUUUAAGUACCUCGCAAAUACGUGGAGGAAAUAUUUAGACUGAACUAAAACAAGAGCUGCAAUAGUGGAUGAAGUAAAAUUUGUAUUUUUAUUUAAUAUGAAAUAAAUAGAGGAUAUUCAUGGCAUGGCCGAAUAUUUUUAUAUUAUACCUCGUAAUGUUCUAUCUAUUAUAUAAACACCAAUGAAAUACCAAACCUUUUCAAUUUAAUAGUUCUUUCGCUGUAAAAGGCGCGAUUUAUUGUGUAGCCAUAGCAACGGUUAUCUUUUCACCUUUGAAGAUAUCGUGUUUUCGCGCGAAAGCUCACCUGGUUUUUCUCAUAUGUAAUAAAAUUGUUUAUGUUAGUUCACGAAAAAAUACGUUAACUUGCUAAUUAUCUAACCACACGUCAUCAGUUUAAAAAUAGACAAUUCAUGUAUGGCAUCUUCUGACCAACUGCCGAAAAAAAAAACGCCAAAUGCACCUUUCACUGAGUUGUUUGAAAGUUGGUCUCUUAAUGUUAGGAUAAUGGAAACCAUUUUAAAAUGCUAUUUUUAAAGGGAUAAAAGGUUUUAAAAUUUUAAAAACCAAACGUUUUUUUAAAACGUCGAACUUUUUGGGACGAAUCUAAACAAGAACAAACGUUUUGCGAAUAAUUAAGAAGUUCGACCAGGGUCAGCGAAACGUCGUUAUUAAAGUAGAAAAACAAUUAUCUAUAAUUUCUUUUCGGUCUAUGUACCGACUGCAUCACACACGAAAACCGUAUCUCUAAACGAAUCAUUCAAGGACCAUACAAUUUCUGGUUACUGUUUUGUUUCGUUCUUUAAUUUAUUUUUUUAUUCACUCACGCAAACGGAGCAUUUGAAAGAGGCUUACUUAACACAAGUAAAAGUUAAUAAGGAAGUCUAAAUCAAACUGUGAAUUAGUUCAGGUCAUCUGUGGGCUUUAAAACAACUUAUGGUCUUCCUAGAAUCUAUUUUUUUUCUUUUUUAAUUCUUGUAGCUAUUUACUGAUGAACCAAUUAACAUCAAAACCGGAAAGGGAAGUAAAUAUAAAAACCCGAAAAACCACCUUUCUUUUAAACAAAAACCGAAACUGUAUAUGUUCAUAAAAUGACAAACUAAUAUGGAACCCACUGAAACCGAAACAUCGUAAAUUUUAAGAGAAAAAAAAAUCGAAAUGUUGGGAAUUGUGCGCCAAUAGUGUGCGUGCAUAUUUCAUAGUAUAUUUUUAUCCUUUUUAGUUGUUUUUCAAGUUGAUGGCAACGUUGGUUGCUAAAUAAUUAGCUCAUGAUCUCCGAUAAGUUCAAGGAAUUGGCACGAAGUGAACGUGAUAACUGAUAAACUAUAUUUGGUUUUUUGGAAAUAAUACUAAAUGUCAGUCACUUUAUAAUAGUAUUGGUUAGGUUUCACGUGUAUUGGGGGAGUCGAGGGGAGACGAUCACGCUGUGAAAACCAACUUGUGCCGAAAAUAUCUGUGAGUGAGUGAGUUGCGAAAACUGUGACUUUGGGAUUCGUUAUUGUGCAUUAAACUACAUCAACUGAAUUGUCGUGGAUUUUGUAUGAUUACGGGGGCGAUUCCUGACAGAAAAACUGGUCUUCAAAUGGCUUAAAAUCUGCAAAAUCGAAAACCCUUUUCCGCCAAGCUAGUGACCGUUUUUUAACCCUGUAUUCAUAAAAGAUAUGCAAACAUGGUGUUAAUUAGUGUCUUAAUCUUUGUAAAAUGAAGGCUGAGUUUUCAGCCCCUAUUUCCCUGGCAAAAAUAAUAAUAAUAUAAUCUUUAAAAAGAUUAUAUCGAAAGAUGAGCAGAUAUUUGGGAAUAAUUUUAGGCCGUUAGAAAAAUUCAAGUCGUGGCAUGUUUUUAGGCUAUGUAACUAAAUGGCAAAGCUACGAGUGUGUUGCAGCUGCGAAGAAGUUCGAAAAUUGUCUGUCAAAAUUUUGCGUCAUUAUUCGAAAAGCACGCGUCAGUAAAUUAUUCUUCCCUUUUUUGUUUUUCGAGAAGGGUCGCUGAAGGUUUCGUUUUCAAUAGUUCGCUCGGUAGAGUAGGAGGAUCGUAGGAUCUAACAACGCUUUCAAGCAAGGUUUUGAUGGUAAGAGUUCUUUCUUUUUUGCUAACCUCUCAUUUAUUUAUUACACUUUUCAUUUUUCAACUUCAAUUUCGACUUCAAAUCUUAUUGAGUUCUGCGAAGUAAACUCAUUAUUCCCACGAACAGGGCAACCCUCCCAUGAAAUUUUGUAUUACAAACAUUAAAACUUCGGACCGUGUAUAGAUGAUAUAUACGUUCUUUUGAAAUAAUGACCAUCAGAGUGUAGGAUUUUAACGCAUGUUUGUGAGUCGACGAAGAGAAUGAAGAGUUAGUAAUGCUGCUAGAGUGACGGUAGAAAUGUUUAGUCUUGUUUGUUCCGUCAUCGCGACGACUUUUUACUGGCCAAUUCCGAUCCGUCUGCUUUACAGCCCCACUUUCCAUCUUCCACCGGAGUUACAAGUAGCGGGGAAGAAGAUGUGUCGGGUAUGCUCAAAAUAGGCAUGUGAAAAGGUGCAGAAAAUGUGUCGAGUCAAAAUUAAGAAAAUAGAGAGCUUAUAUUUCUUACCUAAUACUCAGUUCUAUGAAACAACAUUUCCCGAAUCUUGCAUCAUAAAACUGCUUUUUCCCCGUAUCCCGCUCACAAUAAUGACACAGAACUUGUAGGCUGCCCGUUACUGCUAAUCUCUAAGUUCCCAAAUCCCGGCCUUCAAAUAAGCUUUAUCCCGGAUCCCGAAAAGGCGUCCGAAGUAAAAGACGCGUGGAAAAAUGUCGAAUUAGAAUGACUUCAUUAUAAAAAAAAAGGCACUUUAAUUUUUGAUUAUUUAGCUCUAUUUCUCAUGUGGUUCUGGAUUUCUGGCUGGUUCUUCGUUGCUUUAGCUGCGGCUGGAAACUGCAUGGUAAUAUACCUAGUCGUUAAAACUCCAAGCCUGCAGACGAAUGCAAACUGGUUUGUGCUUUCCCUAGCUGUAGCUGAUAUGUGCGUGGCUUUGACGUUCCUUCUACCGUUAUGUGGCCCUAAUUUUCUGGGCUUCACCUUCGACAAAAUGCACACUGGGGCAUUCUUCAGAGUCAGUUUCACAUUCAUGUACUGCUCCAACGCGAAUCUUUUCGCCAUGACCAUAGAUCGCUACAUCGCCGUUACAAGACCUCUGAGGUACGUGGAAUUGAUCACAAAAAAGGUUAUCUUUGGUCUCAUCGCUACGGCCUGGGUCGUGCCAUUUUUACUCUUCUCACUUCCUGCCAUUUUCAGCUAUAACCACAACCUAGGGUAUACCAUGUUUGUGGAGGUCUCGCGUGUCAUCAUUUUCCAGAUUUUCCCGUUGGUGGCUUUUGUGGCCAUAACAUACCAUCUCCUUUACUUUGCCAACAAGCUCGCCCGAGAAACAAGAAAAAUGGUCACCCAGGUGCGCUUCAAUCAUGCAGAUGACGAAGCUAACGUACCACAGGCACGUGAUCCAUACGGCUCAAGCAAGAGAAGGACAACCGCCAUGAUCGUGCUGAUCAUCACAGCCUUCAACAUCACCUACCUUGGAGGAAACUACCAUUGCAUUUGCCUUUUGACCAAAGUCUGUCCCUUUAAAGGCACCAUCGAGCAGAUCGUUAAUCUGGCGCUGAUGGCCAACUCGGCAGUGAAUCCAAUCGUGUACGCCUUCCUCAAGACGGAUUUUCGAAAAGAGCUGCGCAAGAUGUUCAAAUGCCAAAAAUGUAAGCGUUUAUCAGAAGUUUUUUAAAAUCUGUGCAUGACCUGAAGAUUUCAACGAUUCUUUCCUGACAAGUACUGCUCCCUCUGGCAUUAAUUUUGGUCCGUACACACUCAGUUUUGUCAUGUAAAAUGGACCAAAAAAAAGUUACCAAGGAAACGUUUUCGUGAAGACAUGACUCAACAGACGCUGCCACAAAGCCCUAAAGUAAAGCUCGUGUACCGUGAUCGAUUAAGCGCCGCACCUUUACGGAAAAUAUUUUAAUAAGCGCCGCGGCGCUAAUUUGGUUAUUUACAAAUAAACGCCUCACCUUCGCUACGGCGCUUGAUAUAAUAGAGAUAUCAAAACCAUAUCGCUUGAGAAAUAAGACCUCGACCAACUCGUGAGUUCUAAAGUUUUAAUGUAGGGAAACUCUUGAAACCAGGUUCAUAUAACUGUUCGAGGUGUACAUACUUUAUACUAUUCGUAUGAAAUUGUGCAUACCUAGUACGCGCCUCACUUAAUUCUCUCUAUAUUCCUCUCAGUGUUUUACCCGUAGUUGAAGUAAGCGCCGCUUUCGUUAUAAGCGCCGCACCUAUAACACGGAAAAUGAAAUAAGCGCCGCGGCGCUUAAUCGAUCAUUUAUGGUAUGCCAUUGUAGUCUAGUCUUAACCUUUCGUAUCUUUAGAAAGUAGGGAUUUCUUUUAAGUUUCGGCUUGAGGGACUGAAUUUCUGUUGCUUGGUCGCGAGAUCUUCUUGGUUCCAAAUAGAGAAUGCAUGGAGUUAAUCGAUCUUUCUGUCAGUAUUUUUAAAAUGCGUAUCGUGAUAUAAUGUGUAACGUGAAAUGUCAAUAAAUGACCCGUGUAGAAACCUUCCGACUGACCUUGCUUUCUUUAUAUUUAAACCAAAAGUGUGGAGAGAAGUCCGUAAAUUUUGUUUAUUCUUGGGAUAAAAGGCCAACAAGCUAAAAGUAGAAGGGAAUCAACGAGAAAAAAUAUUUCUGUUGAUGUUUAAUAAUUCCAAGAUGAAAUCAUCUUCCACAAAAUGGAAACUUGGGCGUCGACCUCAACUGAGUCAUAUCAGGAGCAUAAGUCAUAUGCGAUAUUUAUUUCUUUGAAAAUUACGAAGACAGCGUGGGACUAUAUUAUCCAGCCAGAAAAAAGGAACUGUAAUAUUUGGUGUUGGAACUGAAUGCAGUGAAAUUAUGUUGACAAAUGGUGCUGGUAGUCAGGCCACUUUCAGUUUUCAGUUUCAAACUUUACUAAAUUAACAGCGUUUUGACAAAAUAUUAAACUUUUAACAGGAUAAGUAGUAACCUUUUAUAACUUCACACAAAUUUGCUUAGCUUUAGCAAACUUCCCUCGCUUGACCUCGGCGAAUUUUAUCAGUUGGCAAAGACCAACUAUGCCUUAUCUUCCGUUUAUAUUUAAUAUAUUUUAUGAAAAUUGUCUAUUGCUGCUUUGGUACCAUUAUUAAAAUAAGUUUAAUCGUUGCUGUGAACGGGAAAUUACUUGCACACACGGUUAAGCCUUUCGCUAAUACUACUUGAUCCACUAGGGUUAGGCAGUUGCACAAACCAAAAUUCAAAACUAUUAUGUAAUAGACUAAAAGUAAUUGCGACUAGUAGUAAUUGUAAAUUCGGGGAGUACGUUCGACCGCGAGGGGUGAUAAGUGAUGGGGGAGGGGGAGGAGAGGUAGUAGUGAUGUGGGUAGUUAAAGAGAGUGUGAAAUUUGAUGUUGGGGUUAGCAAUUAAAUUGCAAGGGAAAUUCCAAAUUCCAAAUUUUCAAAGGUACAGACAAGUAACUUGUACCCGGCACGCAAGAGGUUAGUCGAAAAGAUUUCCGACUUUAUUAAUGGUCACAACGCAGGCUUUAGUCCAAAGACUCAAUAUACUGUAAUGUCUUGAACUACAAGAUAGUAACUGCUUUGAAUGUUAUUUUUCAACAUUUUAAAAUUGCGAGAAAGAUAGCUCAGUAUGCACCUGUGCUUAUAAGCUCACACUAAUGGCUACUUAAUCCGUCGGCGCUUUUCGUGAUUUCUGGUUUAUUAGCGAAAUUACUUUUAACAUACAACUGAUGUCUUUUUAAGCAUUUAAUGUCACCAUUAAUGGAUCUCGUGUUUUGUUUUCCAACCCCAUCUACGUCUACUAAUCUUUCUCUUUUUUAAAAUCCAUGCUUGCGUAAAAAGACGUUCGUAAAUCGAACAUGCGAUUCUCUCCUGUUGCUGAUUUUUCUGAUUCCCAGCUUUUCCAUGUGUUCGUGGCGUUGUCACGGGGAAAUUCCAUGCCAGCGAGAUGACCAAGUUUUAGUAGUAAUACCUGAGUCAAAUUGCAAUCAACGUUGAUGAGUUCCUUUAGAGUUCCUUUAUUUUAAAUUGAACAUUCAAAGGAUGGAAUAGUGAUUGAUUCUCUUGCGUAACUGAUAAGUGACAUUUUAGUUACAAUUUAGCUUGAUUCUCCGACUUCAAACUAACAUCAAUCCUUUUAAUCCUUUUAAUUUAAAUGUCUUGACAUGUUGGAGGAGAAAAAGCCUGUCUUAUCUGUUUCUUAAAAUGCAUUUCAGUUUCAAGAUAUCAUGCAAUUUUUUCCUCUCUUUAAAUUAGCCUAGGAAAACAUCAAAUCUUUCUCCCCAUCAUCUCUUUUAUGUAAACUGCCAGGAAGGGAGUCACACUGCACAUUGGCUGUAAUAUUUUGGUGUCGUGCGUUCUUCACUGGUCAUUUGUUUCAAACGUUUUGGGCAAUUUAGAACAAGGAAGAAAAACACAAUACUCGGUCUUCGGCAACUUGAAUAAUGAAGAAAAAAAAAAUCCCUCAGUCUCUCCUUUACAAUCAACAGAAAUUGUAACUAAACAACAACUGAUUUACAGACGCUUCCGAAAUAUCAAGACACAAAGAAUAGAGGAAAUUAUGGGGCAGAAAUGCAUUAAGCCAAACAAAACAAUGUGUAAUGCAGUGUAAUAUCAUUGUUUUUACGGAUUACCUGACGGAUGUUCUAAAUAUCCGUAAAUUAUUUUCUCUACUGAUGAGAAAGCAGGCAAUCGGCACUUUGCACCUGCUAUAAAAAGAAAACAUUAUCCUUACAGUGUUAAACAUUUUACAGUAUAUACAACUGAAUUUAUCUGACGAGCGAAAUCCAGACCAAGCCUGGUCAGAAAUUUGCACGCGGCACUUAAAGGCUCGACAUCGCGCGAUAUUCUGAUCAAUUUGUUAUAAUUAUGAAUUCGCAUAAUCGUUUAUCUUAGCACUUGAGACCUUUUGUUUUUUAUUUGUAUUUGAAACUCAGUGUUGUUUUCGUUCAGCUCGUACUUUUGCCUUAACGUCAAGAAGAUAAUCUCUAGUAUUUUGCCAUAAAUAGUGCUUAAAUGAAAAAUUGCGAUGAGUAAGUUUUCACGUCUUGGAGUGCGGAACAAGAAACGACUCUUUCAAGCAAGACAAAUAUUGUAAGUAUUUUUUUCUUGUGAGCCUACGAAUCAUUUUUUUUUUAAAGCUCACCCCCAGCCCUGAAAAUACUGAAAUACAAAAUCGAAGGUAAAAGCUAAAUUUUGUUUGGCAAAAUAUGGACAAACAGCGAGAAAAAGAGCGAGAACCUCCUCUCACUUUGUUUCAACUCCCUCGCGAAGGUCUACAAAAACACCGUGUCGAUUAUUUCUUCUUAAUUUUAGUCCGCGUCCUCAGUCAUGUGGUUCUGGAUUUCUGGUUGGUUCCUCGUUGCUUUGGCGUUGGUUGGCAACGGCAUCGUUAUUUACUUUAUCAUGACAUCCACUCGCCUGCAGACUAGACUUACUAACUGGUUUGUACUCUCCGUCGCUGUAGCUGAUGUGUGCGUAGCUUUGACGUUCUUUCCACCGAUAUUUGGCCGCAAUUUUCUGGGCUUCACCUUCGACGCAACGCACGCUGGCGCAUUCUUCAAAAUCAGUUUCACAUUCAUGUACUGCUCCAACGCGAAUCUUUUCGCCAUGACCAUGGAUCGCUAUAUCGCCGUUACAAGACCUCUGAGGUACGUGGCAGUCAUGACACAAGAAGCUAUCUUUGGUCUCAUCGCUGCUUCCUGGACCAUGCCAUUUCUGCUUUUCUCACUUCCUGCCAUUUUCACGUAUAACGACAAUCCAGGGUAUACCAUGUUCGUGGAGGUCUCGCGUGUCAUCAUUUUCCAGAUUUCCCCUUUAGUAGCUUUCGUGGGUGUAACAUGCCAUCUCCUUUACUUUGCGAACACGCUCGCCCGAGAAACAAGAAAAAUGGUCACCCAGGUCCGCUUCAAUCAAGUGAAUGACGAAUGCAAAGUCUCUCAGCAUCCAGGUACUGGCCGUGUAAGUAAGAGGGGGACAACCGCCAUGAUCCUCCUGAUCAUCACGGCCUUCAACAUCACCUACCUUGGAGGAAACUACCGAUGCAUUUGCCUUUUGACCGAAGCCUGUCCCUUUGAAGGCACCGUCAAGAAGAUCAUUCUUCUGGUGCUGAUUGCCAACUCGGCAGUGAAUCCAAUCGUGUACGCCUUUCACAAGAAGGAUUUCCGAAAAGAGCUGCGUAAGGUGUUGAAAUUGCCAAACGUGUGA